UUUAAAUAAAAUCUAACUCCGAACCACCAGGGGGCGAUGUUCGCCCCUAAAUGUCAAACGGAAGUUACUAAAGAACUCUUCCGGGUAAGCAGUACGCAUGUCAAUAUGGAUAAAGUAAACCAGGAAAAUUGUGUACAAGGCGAUUUCAACGCGUCUAAAGUACACGAGCGACUGGAAAAACGGCAUCAGGCGAGAUUCGAGGAUACCGAGCGGAGGAAAGAGGCCAAAGAGAGUCAGUCUGUCAGCGAAGAAAAGAGCGAGUAUUUCUCCAGCACUUUCUACAGUCAGAAGGCUGGAAUCGAUGAGCUGCUGUCCGGCUGCGCUGGGGCCGACAGAGCAGUGGUGACCCAGAAACUGGAGGAGGCGACGAACAAGACGCUGCAGCUGCAGAAGUUUCUGAAUGACAGCAUGUUGUUCCUAACGCAGUAUGAGCUAAUGAAAGCGCAGGGUGCUCUGCAGAAGCUCCAGACCACCAUCGCUGAGAUUAGGGAGGAGGCUCUACCCAAGAAGAAGUUCACCUUUCGAGCUCGCACCAAAGCAGCAGAUAGAGGUCCAGCCACAGCUCAACAUGCACCUCCAGCUGACACAGGAGUCACCAAGGUGGAUGGGGCACCACCCUCAGACCUUUGCGGCUUCUCUAACAUGAGCAAUGAGGUCUUAAUAAAGACAGCAGAGGAGCUCCAGAGCCGAGACGUGUUGCUGUCUCACCUGACCAACUGUAAGGUCCGUCUGUUUGGUUCUCCCAGCACCGUGCACCUGAAACACAUCAGCAGCUGUGAGAUCCUGUGUGGGCCGGUCUCCACCUCAGUGUUCGUGGAUCACUGCAGCAGCAGCACCCUGGCCUUCGCCUGCCAGCAGCUGCGGACGCACAACGCCACAGACACGCAGGUGUACCUGCACGUCACCAGCCGAGCCAUCAUCGAGGAUUGCAGCGGACUGAGCUUCGCCCCGUUCUCCUGGACUUAUCCAACUAUGGAGCAGGAUUUCACUGUUUCGGGUCUAGAUCGAAACAGAAAUAACUGGAACCAGGUGGAUGAUUUCAAUUGGCUGGCUGCAGGAACACACUCCCCAAACUGGACUGUUAUUCCAGAAGAAGAAAGAAAAACCACUUGGUACCUUUAAAAAUAACACAUUAACCUUUUAGUGUUUGCAUUAGCAUGACAGUCGAAGCAUCACAUUAACUGCUUUCAGACCAUAUUUAAAUGUCUGUUGUGAUGUAGUUCAGUUCCGAAAAUCACAAAAUGUCCAUGUGUUCUUUCUAGGGUUGUUCUGCUCUACAAUAGUUCAGGAUGUAAGACAGAAUUCAUGUGCUUAAAAUGACUCAUUCUGUCCACACAGAUCUGUUAAAUAAACAAUAAGUCUCCAAAACA